GGCAUUUCCAGUGUCAGGAAAAGUACCAUUGUACCGGACUAUACUUCGUCUCUUCAGAAGGUGAAUGUACAAACUGUAACAGCUAUGCUGCGAGAUAACGAUGUGAGGUUCUAUUGGUCCAGACGGUUACAUUGCGAGGACUUUGGCUCAGAUAUCACCUGUGAUUGGCCUACAUGGGCCGUUGACCUGACACUCGAGUCAAGGCAAGUCGCUAAGGUUGUAUUGGGAGGACAAGACUGGAACUGCCAGCCCGGGCUCAUGCUGAAACUCUUGGAAAACCUUUUCCGCGUGACCGUUCACAAACGUUCUUUACAUCAACAUGUGUGGCAAAGGUACCGAAUGAUGACAGGGUUCUGUUUGCGACUGGUCGCAUCUUUGGUCGCGUCUCUUGGGCAUCGACUCCUGGGUCACUCUGCGAUUGCGAGGCAGUACGCUGGCUACACGAGGUGUAUCACUCUUCUGCGGAAUAUAGAGGCUAUACGCCUUCCAGCUUUUUGGAGGCUGUGGGAGAUCGUGAUCCAGGAGUUCAAAGGCAUCCCGGAAACGUUUCGCGAUCAACGGUUGCCGGCAUUCGAGAAAUAUCUGCAGUGCCCCAGCCCGUUGACUGAGCAAUGUCUUACUGAAUGCGAGGAAGACCUGUUGUUGGUGGCUGAAGACAUCAGUUCCCGAACGAUAUUUGCAACAGAGCCGGGGCAUCUCGGAAGAUCAUACCAUCUGGCGCCGGACCGCAGUCUACCUGGCGAUCUGUUCGUUGGACUUUUUGGUGUCGACUUCCCUUCCUACUACGUCCGCUUGGAAACAGCUAGUACCGAAUGAUCAGCGUCACGCAUGCACGUUGUUAAUCACGUGUGGGGCGCGAUACCAGAGUGCGAAAAGCGUCUGCCCAAAGAGGACUGGCCGA